AGAGGGACAAUAUAUAUACCAGCUCAGAGAGCAUAUCGUGCUGCGUAUUGCUUUGGAAUGAAAGGUGCGUGUUUAUCUUAGAAAUGACUUGUCUUUGUCAGAGAGUGAAGAGAGUGAAGAGUGAAGAUAAAGGAAUGAGUCCUUGUAUUUAAAGAUUGCCUUACUAAAACUUACUCCAAAUAUUUCCGUCUACGCGUUGACAAAGUAAAACGCUAAUAACUAGUUGCGAUUUAUAAAGCGAACAUGUUGGUUAUCCACAACAGGGACAAUGAAUCAUACCAAGUCUGUAAAAGUAGAUGAAAUUAGUGAAUAACAAAAAUAGCCCGAAACGAAAACAAUCUCAUACUAAAAUAAGAUCUUUGGAUUGCUAUCUUUAUAAUCACCCACAUUUGCGGCUAAAUAUAAAUAACAAAUUCAAUUCUCUCUGCCAGGUGAAUCAAUUUGAACAGUGAAAUUCAAGAGCAGUUUUACUAAAACUCCAUCUUCAGCUAGUGGCUAUACUUGAGCUAGAUGCGAGAAGCUGAGUGUUUUUACGAAAACCGCACCGAGUGUGUCUGAGAUACAUAGUUUAAUAGUAGCUAUUUUGCGACUUUAUACAGAUACUGUGAGUUUAUUGCGUGAGUGUUGGAGCACUGGCUGUGAGAUUUGUUCAAUUAUUCUUAUACAAAAAGCGUCAUUUGCCUGUCUACAGGCUUCGUCACCAUUUACUGCUAACUGAAAAUACUGUUGCUGUAGCGAACUUUUUUUUAAUAGUCAUCAGAAAAAUAAAUCAUUUGUACAGGUCGUACGUACAUGUAAUCAGACAAGGCUACACUUUGUUCUGUGAUAUAGGCUUUUUACGAAUUAAUCGUCAGUCGUUAUGUAUUUCUAGAGAGUGUUUAAGUGAUGUCGUCGCCCAAGGAAUAUGUCCUUGACACUCGUUGUUCUUCAAAUUCAAACGAUGAUCACGAAGUAAAAAUACGCUCUUACCAAACCUUGGAUCAACGAGACUGCCAAACACUUUUUACCCAAGGAAUGGAACAGCUGAUCAGCCUCGUUGCGCGGGUAGUCUUUCCAAGAUACUGCUGGAUUCUUGCCGCUUUGUCCGUGUUCGCUAUCCUUGCAGCCAUUAAAUGGAACUUGUGGAUAUUCGCUGUUUACAUAUUUGUUUGCGUGGCUAUUCUUGCUUUAUUGUAUGUCGACAUCUACUUUGAGUGCUGGAAAUUCAUCAAUUGCUGUCUGGCUUCGGACUUGAAGGACAUUGACAAGACUUACAUGGCUACUGAUGAGUGUCACAUGUGGGUGGCAGAGUGGGGUGGAAAUGUUGUUGGAAUGGUGGGACUCGUUCAUAAUGAGAGCCACAAUCCAGGAGUCGCUGAACUGCAGAGAAUGUCUGUAUCGCCUGUCUGUAGACGAAUGGGAAUUGCCAGGAAACUGCUCGAUGAACUGCUCCAACACGCCAAGAGACAAGGCUUUAAGAAAAUCGUCUUGACAACAACCAGUGCACAAACACCUGCAAUUCGACUUUACAAAAAGUAUGGCUUUAAACUCAUGGCUGUCUUUCCGUAUCCUCAGAGGAUUCUUGCAGAUCUUGAAUACACUUGCUUUGACUUUCAGCUGUGA